AUGCAAACACCUCCAAUCCUCCCACUGCUCGCGUCAAGCACGCGCCAUCACCCGAUAGCACUGGACCGCCAGACCCCCUCAGAGAGGCAGGCCCUCGAGUCACCUAUCGUCCUCGGCACCAACAUUUGCUCCCCACGCCGCCUCCGGCAACCUGCCCCUACGCCGACGGCGCACCCUCCGGCCUCAAAUGAAGCCAUCUGCGGCCGCACCCAUUGGCUCGAGGCCUCCAUCUCCAUGCUCAAGUCACCCCGCGUUGCGCCGCGCCCGCGGGCAAGCGGGCAGGUGCAGCAUGGGACAACCUCCCAACACCCGUAG